AUGGCGGCGUGCAGGAGUGUGUUCCGAACUGUCUUCUUACCAGAACCAUGGCGGCCUCUGCCUUAUAAAAGCAAAAUUCCCUGUUUUACACCACCGUUCAUCCCGUCCCACAAAAUAUCACACUCCGAUUCCUUCUGUGGCUUCAAAAUUACCUACUGUAGAAGUAACUCUCACUUGGCAAGGAGGACUCGGCCUUUGAAUUGCUCUAAUAAUGAAAACACAUCUUCAUCUGAUGAUGAUAAUGAUAAUGAGCAAGGCCCGCCUCAAGAAGCAGUUCUAAAGGCCAUUUCAGAAGUUUCAAAGACAGAAGGAAGGGUGGGACAAACAACUAAUGUGGUUAUUGGAGGUACAGUGACAGACGAUUCUACAAAUGAGUGGCUUGCUCUAGAUCAGAAGGUAAACUUCUAUCCAACUUUUAGAGGCUUUACAGCAAUUGGAACUGGAGGUGAAGAUUUUGUACAAGCUAUGGUUGUUGCUGUUGAAUCAGUUCUUCAGCAGACAAUCCCAGAAGGUCAAGUGAAACACAGGGUAUCCUCACGUGGCAAAUAUGUAUCAGUGAACAUUGGACCUGUUCAAGUAGUUUGUAGUGAGCAGGUUCAAGCAGUGUACAACGCUAUGAGAAGAGAUGACAGGACGAAAUACUUUCUGUAG